CGUGUAUUGUUGUUGUAUUUGCAGGUGUGAUGGCGGCGACGCAGCUGCCCCCUGGAGGCGGUGGUGGGGGUGGUCGACUGUCGCCAAUGGUGUGUCCACUGGCCAAGCUGGGUCGCGCCGCCUCCCCGGACGACACCCAGCAACCUCCGCGCGGCUACCGCGCAUCGCCCAGUGCGCAGCUCGACUACCGCGCAUCACCCAGUGCGCAGCUCGACUACCGCGCAUCACCCAGUGCGCAACUCGACUACCGCGCAUCGCCCAGUGCGCAGCUAGACUUGGACUGCUCCAGCAAGCAGCGCGCCAGCUACAAAAUACGCGCUGCGUCUUCGCCGCUCGACUACAAGCUGCGCAGUAAAUCACCACCUUCCACCACACAGUUGGACUACCGCGCAUCCCCUAGUACCCAAUUAGACUAUCGUGCAUCCCCUAGUACCCAACUAGACUAUCGUGCAUCCCCUAGUACCCAACUGGACUAUCGUGCAUCCCCUAGUACACAGUUGGACUACCGUGCGUCACCCUAUUCGUUGUUGAGGUGUUCAUCGCCCCCCACCUGUCACCAGGUGGACCAAGGCUACCACACACUGGUGUCGCCCUGCUGUUGGCCAACGGACACCACCGCCACCGACACCCCUACCUCUCCCCUCCACCUAGCAACCAAGUCCAAGCGAUCGCUUGUCAAGUGGUCGCCGUUUGACCGACUCCCGGACGACGUGGUGGUGAAGAUCUUAGGGUGGCUAGGCUCAAGCAGCGACCUGUGCGUGGCGGGGCGCGUGUGUCGACGCUGGGCGCGCCUGGCCUGGACGCCUGAGCUGUGGCGCACAGUGUGGCUGGCGGGGGAGGGGCGGCAAGGCGACCAGGCGCUCAAGGCCAUCUUGCGACGCAUCUGCGGGCGCACCGUUGAGCGAGUUGUUAUCGCUGACGGCGCUAAACUAUCAGACAAGGGCCUGGCACUGGUGGCUCGUCGCUGCCCCGCCCUGACUCACCUGCAGCUGCAUGGCUGCGCCACCGUCACCAACGCUGCACUCUUCGAGUUGGUCGCUCGCUGUCCCGGCCUCCAUCAUCUCGACAUCACCGGUUGUCUGCAGAUCUCCAGCAUCAGCCUGAGCAGCGGAGUGGGGGGUUCCGAACUGUCGCGGCGACUGCUGCUGCAAUACCUCGACCUCACCGACUGCGCAGCCAUAGACGACUCAGGUCUCCGCGUCAUCGUACGCAACUGUCCGCAGCUGGUCUACCUUUACCUCCGACGCUGUCUCAAAGUCACCGACGCGGGCAUCAAGUUUGUGCCGAGCUUUUGCGGGACGCUGCGGGAACUGAGUGUAUCUGACUGCCACCUGGUGACCGAUUUUGGGUUAUACGAGUUGGCUAAACUGGGCGCGACACUGCGCUAUCUGUCGGUGGCCAAGUGCACUCAGGUCAGCGACGCCGGUCUCAAGGUCAUUGCCAAACGCUGUUACAAGCUGCGGUACCUCAACGCCAGGGGAUGCGAGGCUGUUAGCGACGACGCUAUCACGGUGCUAGCUCGCUCUUGCCCGCGUCUGCGUGCCCUGGACAUCGGCAAGUGUGACGUCAGCGACACAGGCCUGCGUGCACUGGCCGAGAGCUGCAUGAACCUCAAGAAGCUGAGUCUGCGUCAGUGCGACCUGGUCACCGACCGCGGAGUGCAGUGUGUCGCUUACUACUGUCGCGGACUCACCCAGCUCAACAUACAAGACUGCCAGAUCUCGCUCGAAGGCUACAAGGCCGUCAAGAAGUACUGCAAACGCUGCAUCAUCGAACAUACCAAUCCGGGAUUUUUCUAAACCAUAUGAAACUUGUAUACUAAAUUCUUGUGUAUAUUGGCCAGAACGUUUUGUAAAUGUAUCACAUUGAACAAACAAAACAGGGAUAUUUCAAAACGGAAAAUUCUUCAGCCUGGUUUCUUGGACACUUAUUAAAUCUAAUGGAUCAUCAAGGGCCGGUUUCCGAGCUCGGGAUUUAGCUAAGUACUAGACUUUAAACAGCUGGUGUCAGAUAAUUAACUUUCCAAA